AUGGGUAAAAAUUUUAGGUCUUUGAUUUUAAGGGAGAGGUCAAAGGAGCUUUCUGAUGUAUCAAGCAAACUUGCUGAUGCAGUUGGUUUUUUUGCCAGGGAGUCGCUUUACAUAAAUGAGUAUGAAGCUGAGUUAAAAAUGUUGUUGCAGGAAAAAUCAUUUCAUUUGGAGCAACUUAGGCUCGUUGAGAAGGACAUUGCUGCUAUUGAGCAAACGAUUUUUGAGGCCAAAAUUGACAAAUUGAAAACCCUCAAGUUGGCUCAUAAGCUCUCCAAUGACUAUAGCGAGCUGCUAGCGGAGGUGAACAGCAUUCGGACAAAUUUGGGACUCCUAAGUCUGACGGACAAACGCUGUCCAGAGGCAGUGGCCCUAACUCAACCUCCAUCUACUACCCCAUUGCAGAUCUCCGCCUCUGAUGCCCCAGACGGUCCGCCCGUCUCAGGGUGCCUAGAGUCUUUACCGGUCUCCUCCGCUCUGAAUCAGGAGCAUAUCUCAGUUUGGCUCUCCUCACUUCGCCAUGGCGAUCUCAGCUGGGCGAAGCAGUUCGCUACUGGGAUCGGGGAUCUAAGCGACGUAUCCUCAAUGGAGUGUCAAACGCGUACAUCCACACAGUCGCUACGCCUGAGCGAUGUGAUGCUGGGCAGCGGGAUGAACACGGUACCCCAAUCCAGCGCCUACUCGGGCCUGCCUGCACCACCGCCGCCACCCAUACCACCGUCUCAGCCGCAGCAGCAACAGCAGCAGCAACCGCCAAUGAAGACGUGCCAGGCAUGCAAACAGCUCAUUCAUCGUAAUGCACCCAUUUGCCCCCUAUGCAAGACCAAGAGCCGCUCGCAACACCCCAAGCGGCCCAAGACACGAGGCGCCCUUGCCCAGCCGGUCACCACCGUGAUUACAUCUGCCCCCCCCGUCACCCCCACAGGGGUUCAAGGCUCCACCCCCCCUUCAACUUCCGCUAUUGAGCAUGCCUAG